AUGCAGUCGUUGGAGCCGCCGCGCCAGUCCGAGAUACCAGACGAGCCGAUGAGCGACACGCCAAUUAUCAUACUGACCGUGCCGGUAACAAUUGGCAGCGUCUGGACAUGGACCGCGCGUGAUGGUGCCAUCGGCGUUGGUGAUCGAGGGGCAGGCGCAAAGAUGAUCGGCGGCGCGGUGAGCCCCGCGAGCAUCGCCAGCGGACGCUGCAGACCGCACGCGAGCGCAAACACGAGUGGCAGGUCCGAGUCCAGCGCGCAGAACGGCGGCGUCGUCUUCCGCUUCUUCCAGUCGAACGCACACGGCAGCGUCGGAGCGCAGAACGGCGGCGUCGUCUUCCGCUUCUUCCAGUCGAACGCACACGGCAGCGUCGGCGCGCAGAACCACGCGUAG